AUGUUUGCACAAUUCUUUAUUUCUCCAUUAUUUACUGAGAGCGCAACAGAAAGAGAAAUAUUAGCCGUCGAUAGCGAAUUUAAAAAGAAUUUAAAUGAUGACGUAUGGAGAGACUAUCAAAUCAUGAAAUCGACUGCAAAUCCAGACCAUCCAUUCUCGAAAUUUGGAAGUGGUUGUUUAGAGUCCUUAGAUACAAUUCCUAAACAAAACAAUAUGGAUGUACGAAAAGCAUUGAUUGAUUUUCAUUCAAAAUAUUAUUCGAGUAAUCAAAUGAAGCUUUGUGUAAUUGGACAAUAUCCUCUUUCACAACUUGAAGAGUGGGUCAGAAGCAAAUUUGGAGAGAUUCCAAAUACGAAGGCUACUACUGCAUGCUUUUUUCCAAAGAAUGUUAAGCCCUAUAGCAAGAAUGAAAUUUCAAAGUUUGUUAGGUUAAAGACCAUUUCUGAUUUGAGACAGUUGUCACUCGUAUUUCCUAUUCAACUAACUCUUCCAACCAUCGAUGGACGACACAUUGCCUAUCAAUUCAAGCCCGAAAAAUACGUGUCUCAUUUGAUCGGACACGAGUGUAAAGGCUCUCUAUUUUCCCUGUUAAAAAAGAAAGGAUGGGUUUCAUCAUUAUCAGCUGGUCCUUAUGCAAGAUUUGGUGGUAAUAAUUGUGUUGAUUUGCCAAAAGAAGAUAGCUUCGUUUUGUAUACUGUCAAUAUUGAGCUUACUGUUGAAGGAGAGGAUCAUAUUUAUGAAAUUAUUGAGUAUUUAUUUGAAUAUAUUGAUUUGAUCAAGUCGAAACAAGGCGUACAGAAAUGGGUGUAUGACGAGGUUUCACAUUUGGCAAAGCUGGCGUUUGUCAAUCUAGAGUAUCCUAGAGCUCUUCAGUUUGCAAGUGACAUGGCCCAAAAUUUGCAAAAGUAUUUACCCAAUGAAGUCAUUUCCGGCGUUCAUAUUUUUGAUUACAACGAAGAGUUAAUUAUUGAGUGUUUAAACCAACUUAAUCCAUACAACUUCAACGUGUAUUACCGAAAGCCAAGUUUUGAAAAUAUUAAUUUCGAAGAAGAAAAAUGGUACAAAGCUCAAUACUCUCUACAAGAUCUCCCACAAGAAUGGCUCGACAAGCUUGCAAGAGUGACUCAUUCAACUAGUGAGCUCACAUUCCCAGCACCAAAUCCAUUUAUUCCAGAAAACUUUGAUAUUAAGGGAAUCAUUAACAGUACUUCCAAUGAUGAUGGUCCUUCUACUGUGUAUCAUACUUCCAAGAUGAAGGCAUGGUUCAAGCAAGAUAAUUACUUUGGAACACCAAGAGGAAAUAUUUUCUAUAAUAUCAUUCUUCCUCAAACCAAGUCAGAUCCUCGUACGGUUAUUUGUUCAGAAAUGUUUUGUGAAAUGGUCACAGACUAUUUGAACGAAGAUUUGUAUUUUGCAGAAGUUGCUGGUUUAACUUAUAGUUUAUCAACCUAUUCAAGCGGUAUCAACGUACUAUUAUUGGGGUACAAUGACAAAAUGAAGGAUCUCAAUAACAAGAUAUUUCGAGACAUGGUAUCUGUCGUCGAUCAAAAGCUUCUAAAAUUAGAUAGAUUUGAAGUGAUUAAGGAAAGAUUGUCAAGAACGUAUACCAACUUUAAAUUUGCACAACCCUACGAACAUGCAGUUAUUGAGGCUCACAGACUUCUUUUUCAAAAAAAGUUUUGUUCAUUGGAUUAUAUUGACGUUAUUGAUACCAUUGAUUUUGAAGAAUUUUAUAAUUUCAUUACGGUUUGGUUCAAGACUCUUCGGGUAGAAUUAUUAAUACAUGGAAACUUUACCUCACAAGAAGCAUUAGAGCUGUGUUCUGACACUGAGAAGAUUUUAUUCGAUCGAAGUGUGAAAGUGAUGGUUCCUUUACCAAGCCAAGAACAGAGAGAACAUAUUGUUCAACUUCCAACUGGAACGGAUGUCAUCUUCCCAAUCUCGAAUCAUAAUUUUAAUAACCCUAAUCAUGCCCUAGAAAUUGUGUACCAAUUAGGAUUUCGAUCUGUGGAGUUAGAUGCGAUGGCUGAACUUUUCAAUCAAAUUAUUAGCAACCAAUACUAUCUUGUCUUGCGAACAGAAAAACAGUUAGGAUACAUUGUGCAUUCAAGAGUGAGAUUUGAUCAUAACAUUUGUUCUUUUAGUUGUAUCGUUCAAUCUCCAUCUUACGAUCCAAAAGAAGUUUUAAAAGAACAUGACCAAUUCUUUGUGGAUAUUAACGGACUGUUAUCAUCUUUGACUGAGAAAGACAUUGAGGCACAUCUUGACGCAUUAAUUUCCAAGAUCACUGAAAAAGAAAAGCAAAUGAAAAUGGAAUCUGCUAGACACAUGGCUGAAAUUACGAAUCAGCAAUACAUGUUUAACAGAAAGGCUAAAAAAGUAGAGGCCAUCAAAAAAUUUACACUCAAGGAUGUGCUUGACUUUUAUCAGAACUUUAUGAUGCCUAGUGGUGAAAAAUUCCGACGUGCAGUGGUGAUGAUGUUUGCUUCACCUUCCACCAUUGAUCAUGCCAGAAUUGCUAAAUUCGACGAUAAUAGAAAAGUUAUUGUGGUUCCUGAAGCGGAUAGAUUCGAAUUCAAGCAUACACUUGCUCUAUUUCCUAAUUUUGUGAAAUUCUAG